AUGCUGGAGGAAACAGACCCAAAGGAAAAACUGCGUGUUGACCCUUCGGUGAACAGCCACAGACCCUCUUCUGGAACCUCGCAGGACAUUUCUCACAUCUUAGAAAGCAUUUUUAAGGACGUUUACACCAAUGACACGAUUGGGAAAGACACCUUGUCAAAUAUUGUCAAGACAAAAAGUGGAAGAAGUGCCUUUCUUGACAAAUAUGUUGAAGAGCUUCAACAGGCCCAUGGUGAAUAUGAGCAGCGUAUAGAAGAGGCAGACAUGCUGGAGACUCAUAUCAUUCAGGCCAGAGCCCGGGCUGCAGCUAAAGAAAGCCGGGCCUUGGAGACCAUGAUGGAAAAUCUGAAAGAUGUUCCUGAUUACCAGGGCCUGUUGACAGUCAAAUCAGCCUUCUCCUGGUGUGUAGAUGAAGAACUUCUAAAGAAAAGCAAUCUAAUAUCCCCAGAGGACUACUUAGUAACUACACAAAAACCCCAAGUAACAGCACCACGAGCAGUUAAACCCAAUCCCACAAAACCCACCAUCUCCUAUACCAUGCACACAUCCCGUGAGCCUCAGGAUGACGGUUACACACUGAUUGUGAAAAAAGAGAAGGCCGUGUUAGAAAUGGACGAGUCAAAACAAAGCUUAACCAAUGAAUCCUGUGCAGAUACAAAAGAGAGAAACACUGGCUUCAUAGAGAACCAGCACCAGGUCAAACCCACACCAAAGUGGAGGAAUGAGCUGAGCAAAAAGGAUCGAGCAGAGGGAUGGAAGAAGCUCCAGAAGUUGAAAGAGCGACAGAGCUUCCUACGCAAUCCACGCUUCCUACCCCCAAAUGCACAGCAGGGGGGUAUGUCCCUCCUUAGGCCCAGACCGAAAGGGAAAACGGAACAUGAGAAAAAAGGCUCUCAAGAACGGAGCUCCCUAGACGAUCCUCCCCAGAUAUUCUUACCAAAUCCUUCAGUGGUGCUUUUUACUGACUACGGCGUGGGACAUUUUUACGAGACUACACUGGAGCUAAAAAACGUGACUUCGUCAAGCCGCCAUGUCAGAGUCAUCCCCCCAACCACUCCUCACUUCUCUAUUGGCCUGGGGAGGUUUCCUAGUGAAGGUGGCAUCGUUGCCCCGGGGAUGAGCUGUAAGUACACCCUUCGUUUUGCUCCGGACUCCCUGGGAAACUACGAGGAUUUUGUAGUGGUGGAGACGCAGGAUGAGAAGCAACUUGUGCCCAUUGAAGCCAGGCGGCCUCCCCCUAUACUCACCAUCCCGAAAGUGCUUAACUGUGGCUAUUGCCUGGUCGGCGGAGUAAAAUUUGUUGAGUUCCUGUGCCAAAACGUUGGAUUCAGCUCUGGAAGUUUUUGUAUCAUCCCCAAGAAUCAAUGGCCAGCGUCUAAUCUUCGGUCUGUAUCCAGCACGUAUUUUUCUGAGCAGCCUCCCUUUGCAGUGGGUCCCUCCCUGUUUGUGCUGCAGCCUGGGGAGGCCACUAUUGUAGAGGUGGUUUUCUUUCCAACUGCAGCAGGGAGGAGCUGUCAGGUUUUCACUGUGGUCUGUGACAACUGCCAGGUAAAAGAAAUUUCCAUCGAAGGCGAAGGCCAGCUGAUUGCACUUGAGCUUGUGUCUGGAUCAGGGGAGACAGAGCUGCCCUUGGUUGGGGAGGUGUGCGACCUCACAGCAGAGCAUUUUGUCCGUUUCAGCCCCUCCAACCCCUGCUCUGAGCAGCAGAAGGUGCUCAUCAUCAGAAACAAUGUACACUUGGAGCUCCCUUUCCACUGGCAGAUCGUGAAGCCCAACCUGCACCCGCUGCUUCCAGGGGUGACUCCUGAUUCUUCCUAUAUUCAGUGUCAUCCGGCCACAGAUGAUGUUUUCCACAUCAGCCCCUCAGCAGGACUCCUUGCUCCCUGUAAGGAUCAAGGGUUUCUGCUCACCUUCUGCCCAAAAGAAUUGAAGGAUUAUCACAGUGUCUGCCACUUGGUCCUGAGGGAUGUCCCCCAGCCUCCACCAGAGCUCUGUGACAGCAGUGUCCUGCAGCCUGUACAGUCUGGCUCCAGGGUGAGCAAUGUCACCAUCAUGGAGAUAGAAGUCAAGGGGUCUACAGAGCCGUAUCAGAUCCUCCUGGAGCCUUAUGCUGUUGUUGUCGUCGGAGAGAUUCUUCUACACACGACCAUUCACAGGCAGUUUAAGAUGUGGAAUCAUAGCAAGACCUUCAUAUUUUUCAAUUGGGAGAGCUUCAGCAGCAGCUGUCACAUGAUAAAAGUGGAGCCAUCUGCUGGUAGAAUAGAGGAGAAUGAGUGUUUUGAUUUCGACCUUAUCAUCACUGGAGGUAAACCGGAGAAGGUUGUGACCAGUUUGGUGUGUAGCAUUCAGCACCACCAUGAGCCUGUCGUUUUAGCUGUGGAAGUUUCCUUUAAAGGUCCCACAGUUACUCUUAGUGCUCCCAGUGUGGACUUUGGGCUUGUAAAGUUUGGGGAGCAUGCUCAGACCUCCCUCCUCCUCUCAAACACCAGCCCGCUGGAAGCCUAUUGGAGGAUAGAGGAGACAUUUAAUAACCCACAGGACCGCCCAGACACACAGAUCUUAGUGCAGCCAUGCAGAGGUGUUCUGCCACCUCUGGCCUCCUGCAGUGUGGACGUCCUCUUCAGGCCACAUUUCUGCCAGCAGUUUGAGACGGACCUGGAGCUGGCUGUGGAAAAUGGAACUGGAUGCCACAUGUUGGUGCGAGCAGAUGUGCAGUCCCCUCAGGUGUGUUUGUUAAACUGCAAACUGGCCCUCUCGGAGCUUUACAUUGGAGCUCCCAACAGGGGCACCGUAACUCUUUUCAACCAGACUCUACUGCCGUCACACUUCACAUGGAUGGCUCAGCUUCAGGGUAAACAGGCUUCACUGUGCACGGCCAGUUUUGAUCCCAUCUCUGGUAUUCUGGGACCCAAUGCACGCAUGGAGAUCACAGUUGAUAUAACAUCUCUCACAGAUUUGGAGUUGAGUGAGGUGGCUGCUUUGUGUGAGGUCCAAGGGAUGAACUCACCUCUUGUUCUUGGCAUUGUAGCUCCCAGACCCAAAAAACUCAGUGUGUCAUACUCUCUGCCCAGCGUCAGUCUGCACCAGGAUGAUUCACCACUGGUGCUUGACUUUGGAGAUGAUAUUACUCUAAAGAGGACUGUAUCCAGGCAGUUUCUUAUAACCAAUCAAACUGCUAUCCCUGCACCUUUCACCAUUGAGGCAGAGUACUUCACCUGCCAUGCCUCAAAGCCAAGUAGUCAGUCAAGGAAAAGAUUCACGUAUGUGAAGAGUCCCCUUCAGUCUGCACAAGCAGAGAGAGCCCAAGCAAAAGCACACAAGGAGUUUGUGAGCAACCUUUUGGCAAAUGGAAAAGGCGCAGCUUUCCUUGCCCAGCCAGACUCAGGGAUGCUGGGACCGUUUGAGACUCAGACUGUGUCUGUAACUGCGUACAGUGACAUGUGGGGGGAAUACAGAGAUAACCUCAUAUGUAAAGUUGGGGAACUCGAACCGGUGCUUAUCGCCAUGCAGAUGACUGUGAAAGGCUGUCCACUCUACUUUCAAAUGACGGGCCCACGAGCAGAUGACCAGCACCAAGGACCAAUCAUACACUUUGGCACUCACUUGUCUGGAGGGGACACGGUUUCUCGAUCAGUUCACAUUAACAAUCCCACCAUGUUUGACAUCCGUGUGGAUUGGGAGAGUUACAACAUAGAUCAGAAUGACUGUAAACUGCUGGACGUCGUGGUGGCUUAUGGAGACGCCUUCCCACUUAAAGAUGCAGAUGGCAACGAGGUGCUGAGUGGGGCACCGAGGCUUUCUGAAGCAGAUGCACCCCCAGCACGGGAGGAGACUCUCAAGCCGAGCUCGGAGGGAACAAGCAGUUUCCUGAAAAGUGUCACUGAUGUGGAGAAGGAGGAGGAUUAUACAUCUGAGGGUGAAGAGGAAACCUCCCACUUUCCAUCCCCUGCAAAGAAAAAACUUUUCUCUGUUUAUAUCAGACCUCACCUGGGCAACCUCUCAGAUUACCCCUUCUGUGUUACACCACAACAAACAGUGAUUCCAGCAAGGAGCAGUGGAACUAUCCAUGUAUCCUUCACCCCUUUGACUCUGUCUGGGGCUGCUUGUGAAUCCAGAUGUGUGGGCUUGGCACUUGGCUUCAUGAGCCUAGACACUGAGAUGGCUGCUUGUGUCCCAGGUAAAGUUGGAAGGGCACAGGGUUUGGAUUUAGAGCCUGUCAGAAUGGAUCUACUAGCAGCCGUUAAGCCAGCCGCUCUGCUGGUGCAGAUGGAGGAGGAUGGCGGGGUGCUGGAGUUUAACGCCUCAGCCGGUGAUUUACUGAGGGCAGGAUCAGACAAGGAGCUCUCGGAGCGUGAAUUAGAGAUUACGCAGACCCUCCAGCUGAUCAACACUUCAGAGAUGCCCUUACACUUCAGUCUGGAGACUCAGCCGCCAUUUUCAGUGCUCAACCCUGGACCCAGCCUUCUGUCCAGCUCGUCCAGCAUCCCUCCGACUGGUGACAGCCAGCCUCCGGUGCUCCGACCACAACGGAACAUGCGAGUGAAGGUGGCCUUCCACUGUUCCUUGAAACUUCUGGAUCAUGCAGACCAGGCGGAGGUGAAAGUCCCCCCCGGGGUGACGCUGAUCCACAAUGACAGUGGUCUGAAGAAGCUGAGGUUUCAGAAAAACCUUGUGAUCCGCUUCAGUAACAACAGCCAUCUGACAGUGCCUCUACGGGCCCAUUUGGAUCUACCUACACUGAGUCUCUCUACUGACUGCCUCAGCUUUGGCUUCUGCUUUGUUGGACACACACUAACCAGAGAAGUGAACCUAUACAGCCACGGAGCCCACACCUACUGGAAAGCACUAACAGAGUCAGAUGAAGGUGACUCUCAUGUGUUUGGAGUCGCACCAGACUUUGGGCUGCUCAGAUCCAAGGAAGCCCGCGGGACCCGCUGUCGACAGUGUCUGCAGAUCAGCUUCACUCCCAGUGAGGACAGAGAAUUCAGGACUGUGGUGGUGAUCCAGUCUCCUCUGGUGAAGACCCAGCUCACUCUGCAGAUUCAUGGAGCGGGAUCCUUUGAUGAGGCGUACAGGUCAACAAACCAGACCGUGUAACAUCACAGCCACCAAGUUAAAGCUACGGGAAUUGCCAUCCAUAGUAACUACACUGAUGAGACUGACUAUAUUUAUUUAUAAAUUUCAGUCAACCAAGCUGAACUUGUGGAAAACUAAUUUUUACCACUAAA